GAGAUAUCUGAGAUUACUCUCCCCAAACUCCAAAGGAUUCAAUUUUGUUUCUUUUCAUUUGCUCUUAAAUAAAAGAAUGUCGUCAAAUUGGGACGACGACGAGGAUUUUACAGCGGAGGAUCUUCGCGCUGUCUUUGCCGCAGAAGCUUCCUAUAUCUCACACACUUCUUCUUCUUCUUCCCGUACUCCGACCGUACGGCCUGCGACAUCCGGCAAUUUUCACGAGAAUCCAAAUCAAAACCCUAAUAUCCGUCGCCAACUGCCUCGUUCCAUCACUUCUCCUACGCCUUACAAGCGAUUCCCACUCUCUCGUUGCAGAGCUAAGAGUUUUCCGGCGAUGAGGUUUGGUGGUAGGAUUUUGUAUAGUAAGACUGCUAGUGAGGUUGAUAAGCGAGCAAUGCAGCUUCUUAAGGUUCUUGAUACCAAGAGAGAUCAUUCUGGAAGAGCUAUUGUGGGCUUUGAUAUUGAGUGGAGACCCAGUUUUAGGAAAGGUUUUCUCCCGGGGAAGGUUGCUGUUGUUCAGAUAUGUGUAGAUAGUAAUCAUUGUGAUGUUAUGCACAUUAUCCACUCUGGAAUCCCACAGAGUCUCAAACAUCUUAUUGAGGAUCCAACACUUGUAAAGGUAGCCAACAAGAAAAUUGGCGGAGACUCGAAGAGAUGGGGUCUCGCGUCGCUGACUGAGACACUUGUUUGCAAAGAGCUCCUGAAGCCGAACACAAUCAGGCUCGGAAACUGGGAGGUUUGUGCUCUGUCAAAGGAGCAAUUACAAUACGCAGCGACCGAUGCUUAUGCUUCAUGGCAUCUUUACCAGGAUCUUCCCGAUGCUGUCAAUUGAUCAUAACGUGAAGGACGAAGCUUUAAGGUUAAACCUAUAUUCCCAAGAGUUUGCAUUCAAUGAUGAUUUUGCAAAGGAUAGUUGAAUAUUGUAUCUAGUUGCAGUCCAUUACAUUUGCGUAUGGCAGGCUCUUUGAUUCAAACUUUGAAUAGCUUUGAGAAAUCUCUUCUCGGACUCUUUCUAUUAAUAAAUCUGAUACUAUCGAUUAGGAAAUGCAAUAUUCGAUUGAAGAAGAUAACAGGAUUACAACUGCAGAUUCAAUCUCAUCACGAUUGAAUCUCAGAUCUCACGACGAUCUCAUCUCGCUUAGUUGUAAAAUCUGCAUUAGAAACUAAUAACAGAAUGUAACUUCUUUAUAAGCGAAAUGAAUCUCAAGCUUCAGUCUUUAGUCCACCUCCCUGUCUUUUCUUGAGCCAAUCAUUCUGCCAGCUCAGCUGACUCGUCAUCAUCUUCUUCUUGUUCCGCGAUCGGC